UGGCACCGUCCGGCCUUGCCAUAUUAGGGAAGUCUGUCCUGUGAAAGUGAGGGGGAGGCUGGCGGCUGGCGGGUGAGGGAGGGACCACCACCCUGUCUCCUCACUCGCCAGUUGCCCGCCGCGCUGUGAACACGUUUGCGUCUCCGCCCGCCAAGGGACCCCGACGCCUCUGGACGCAGCCAGUGGAACUUGUAUAUAAAAUGGCGUACCACGGCCCAUCCUACGGUCUCAGCCGGGAGUGUCAGAUGAAGAGCCAGGCGAAGUUCGACAUCCAUAGGGCGAGAGAGGCCGUCGAGUGGGUGGAGGCAGUGACGCAGAUGCCCCUGGAUUGGCCUACCUCUGAGGGGCUUGUCGACCAGCUUGCCUUCGGUCAUGCUCUGAAGGACGGCAUCUCUUUGUGCACGCUGCUGAACCACCUGCUGCCCGGAGCCGUGAAGAGGAUUAACACCAUGAAGGCGCCAUUCAAACAGAGGGAGAACGUAGAAAUGUUCCUGAAGGGCUGCGAAUCAUACGGUCUAAAGAGUCAGGACCUAUUCCAAGUGAACGACCUCUAUGAGAACAGAAACCUCUACAUGGUUGUGGACUGCCUGUACGCUCUGGGAGGCCUCGCACAGAAGAAAAACUUUGACGGGCCGGUCAUCGGAGUUCGCGUGGCCAACGAGAACAAGAGGAACUUCUCUGCGGAAAAACUGAAGGAGUCCAACAAGAUCAUCGGUCUGCAGUACGGGAGCAACAAAGGCGCGUCCCAAUCGGGCAUGACGGCUUACGGUACAGGCAGGCAGAUCAUUCCGGGAACUGAUGCCCAAAAGGAAAUAUCGGCUGAUGGGCAGAAGAUUAUUGGCCUGCAGUCUGGCAGCAACAAGGGCGCCUCCCAAGCUGGUAUGACGCCCUACGGAGCUCCUCGCCAAAUCAUUCCCGACGAUCAUGGCCGGUAGAGCGGACACGCCGCGACCCCCUUCCCGCCUCCCUCUUGACCACUGACACACCUUCCCUUGCCUGAUAUUACCGUGAAGAGAAACACAACACUGAUUCCUUCCCCCUUGUGUUUCAGUCUUCAGAUUUUUCUCACUUUUCUCAAGUAAAAGUGCUUGAUAAAUUAUGUCUCUUGCAUAGUAUAAAGGAAGCAAGCAUGCACUUCGCGAUUUCAGUAAAGCAUGUCAUUCUUCAUUACUAUUUUCGUAAUAAAUUGCCGGAAAGAAUUUCAUGACAGCCUCUGAGAACUAUUAGAAACUCUUUCUCUCUCUCUCUCUCUCUCUCUCUCUCUCUCUCUCUCUCUCUCUCUCUCUCUCUCUCUCUCUCUCUCUCUCUCUCUCUCUCUCUCUCUCUCUCUUUCACACACAAGUGCAAUUUUCCCCUCCCUCGACAAAGACCUUCAUUUCAGUCAGCACUUCCUUCUCUGUCAGACUUCUUCCUUUUUUUUAAGCAUUUUAUUGCAUUUUUGUCCACAAUUUCAUGCUGAUCGGAGCUCAAACUGGACAUGAUACAUCGGGUGAAAGAGAACAUGGAAUUAUAUCGUUGUUGAUGCACUGUACGUAGUAACACUCAUGUACCGACGUAGUACUUAAGACCAGAGGGCAAACACUGAAGAUGCGUGGUAACAAAUCCUUCAGUUCAUUAUCUUUCUUGCAGUCACAAAUGGUUGAUCUUCCGAGUGUUGUUAUUUUGAUUUGUUAAGCUCUGUCUUCUCUGAGUUCUUGGAAUAUUUAUAGGUUCUGAUUUAAGUUUAGGUGAGUCAGAACAGACAGCCAACCCUUCAUGUUCCUAAGUCCACCCGUGUAGAAGUUGACUUUCAUUUCCAUUAUGUAUGUAAUUUGAACUUUCAUUUUCCAUCAUGUAACUUUGAAAUAAUUAACUCUGUAGAUUAUUUUGCUUUAUGUGUCACCUUAAGUUGAUUUUGUCGUUGAAAAAGAAAUAUAUUUAAUGAAGGUAAACUAAUUUUAGGAAUUCUAUUAGCUCCAUGAAUGUGUUUAUUUCCAUGAUUUUAAUUUUACUUCACUACUGUACAAUAUUCCCCAUAUCACUAGCUUUAUGGUCCAAGGGGCGUCCAUCACACUGAUAGAAUCUUUAAUAUGUAAUAAAAACAAAUUCAUCUAGGGUCUCCAUUUUAAGAUAUAUGCAUGUCUUUUUUUUUCUUUCCAUUUUUUUGUAUGCGUGUCGAAGAAAAAUUAUACUAACUAAUAUUAAGUGUUUUUACUGUGGUUCUCAAUAAAACAUUUGGCUGGUA